UUUCCCUGCCUCUUUUCUUAUUUUUCCUUUGGGGGGUGGGGGUUGGGGGUUGGGGUUCUUUUUCUGCUCUGAUGUUUCUAUUGCCAACUUCUCUCCAGUGAACCAGAAAUUGAUAUCUUUGAAUCAAUUGACAAACAGAGGCGCGCAGAUGAAAUGGUUGUGUGGCAAAAUUUGUGUGGUGUAAAAGGGUCAGAUAAAAGCAAGCUUAUACCUCCAUUGCCUUCUCGGCUUAUAACAGAGGAUGACUUAAAAUCAUUUUAUGAAGUGAUGAAGAUCUCUGAUGCACCAACUUCCAGCGUAUUACCUGAUUCUGGGAUGAAAAGGAAAAGUGGGUAUCUUGGAGGCCUUGAUACCCAACAAUAUGGAAGAGGCAAACGUGCUAGAGAGGUUCGCUCGUAUGAAGAGCAAUGGACAGAAGAAGAAUUUGAAAGACUGUGUCAGGUUGAAUCUCCAGAUUCUCCCACAAUGAAAGAGGAAGUUACUGGAAAAAUAUUGGCAGUCCCUACAAAUAGUGCUGUCGUAGUCAAGGGUGAGAUGCAGGCACCAGCUACCUCUCCACUUCCUCCGCUUCCUCCACUUCCUCCACUUCCUUCACUUCCUCCACUUCCUCCACUUCCUCAGUGUCCAACUGUAGAGCCUCCAGCCCUACAGAACAAAGAGGCUACACCACCAUCUAAAAGAGGGCGUGGCAGGCCAAAAGAGUUGUGGAAGCCUCUCCAUCAGUUCCUUCUCCUGGAUUAUUGGUACCUGUAAAAGCAGAAGUCUCUAAGGUUGAAAGUAUGCAUGUAGAACCUGGUCCUGAUGCUGUGGUCUGCGCUACUCAUGUCGGGAGUAACACUGGGAGCUCAAAAGAGUUGAAGUUGCCUGCUACUCCAAACCCUGGACCAUCUGUUCCCCCUUCUCCCAUUCCUGCUUCACCCCCAUCAUCUGGGCGAGGUAGAGGACGAGGUCGGAAGUCCCAGACAGGUGGAGAAGCUCCUGCUCCCAGACGCCGAGGCAAAAGACAGACUGCAGCAUUACAAACAGUUCAAAUAACUUCCUCGCCACUUGUGACCGACAAUCCAGCUGUUGAAAUACAAGGAGAAGUUGCCCUAACUGCUGCUAUGACCACCAGUUCUACCUCUGUCUCUGUCACUAGCAGUACAAAAGAAGUGGGCACUGAACCAGAUUCUGUGUCACCUUCUCCAGUGGUUCCAUCAGCUUCUAUUCCGAGCAAUUCAGAUGUGGAGCCCCAACCAGGAGUUACACCUAAUUCUGUUCCGAGCAAUCCAGUGGCUGUAGCUAGUGUAAAUCAGGCAGAUCCAGGCAUUGUGCUGACUUCAAAUCCCGUAGCUACACCUCCCCCGCUGCCAAUUGGCCCUUCCCUCCCUAUAACAACACAGGGUAGAGGUAGAGGGCGAGGACGGGGGCGAGGGCGAGGACAGAAUGCUCAAAGUCGGGAAGAGGCACCACAACGGAGGCGAAGGAGGCAGGACCCCGUAGUAUCCACUGUUUCUGGUGCAUUAACUAGUCAGGCCUCAGAGUUAAGUGAACCUCAACAGAAAAGAACUCGGGCUUCUGUUGGACGGAAAGACAGCGUAAGACGUGAGAAGGUUCAGGAAUUAUCAAAUGCAAGUCAAUAUGCUGGACAAGGUAUUCAAGAUUCUUUGGCAGAAGGAGUUCCUAAGGGCUGUGCCAAAGAUGUGGUGAAGCUAGGAGAUCCACUUCAGGAAAAAGAUACAGUGGAAAAAGAGGGAGAAUGUGAAGAGCCUGAUAUUAGAACCCAACAUGAUGAUGAGGAUCAUUGUGGAGCUAGUCCUUCAAUUUCAACUCUGCUUUCUCAAAGUGAUGGCAACAAUCAUGGAACAGCUGAGGGUUCCCAAUGCCUGCUAGAAAUGCAUAACAACUCCACUGAGUUGGAAAAAGAACGAACUACUGUUCAAGCUGCGGCAAUACUUGCAUCAACAUCACUUACUGCUGUGAGUGACCAGUUUGAUUCUCCCAGUGGUAAGGAAGAUGGAAAAAUAAUUUUUAGCGAUGAAACUCCUAAUAUGGAUGAAUUUCUUGUUUCAAAGAACAUAUCAGCGAAAGCAACUCACGAUGCUUCAUUUGAGUAUGUUCCUCAGUCAUCUGAUGGUGAAAAUAUUAGGGUAGCAAUUGGAGAUGUCGAGCCUUUAUCAGUACCAGGUGGCAACCUUGUCGAGAGAGCGAGAGAAGAUUUAGAUAGCCCCCAUGUUCAGGCUGCAUCAGGGAAGGGAACAGACAAAAUUGUUGAGUUCUCUAAACACUUGCAGGGAGCCACAAAUUCCAUUUCUAAGAUAACUAAAGAUACUGAAAAUGAAUAUGGAAUAGUACCUGAUACUGCUGCAAAUGUUGCAGUUCCUGCUUGCAAGCCUGCUCAGGAAAUAUCUGAUAAAAAAGAAUAUCUAGAAGAUCAAAAGAGUAAAGUGGCACUUCGGAAGGAUUUUGAUCGAAAGGCUGUGUCAACUUCUAUAAGGAUGCGUGAUGAGUCUUUUCAAAAUUAUGUGGAGGACAAGGUGGAACUGGGCGUUGGUUCAGGUUUGAGUGAUGCUGACCAUCAGGCAGUUAGGGAGACUAAUAAUCUGGCUAUGAGUCAUCUGAAACAAAAUGUUCACAAAGAAGAAUGUUCUGUCUCAACCUCACGUGAUUCUGCUGCUGAUGCAGAGAAAGCUGUGGACAAAUCGGAGGAUACAUGGGAAGAUACAGUUAAAGACAGGAGUGAAAAUAACCAAGCUGAAUUAAUUGCGUCGAAUCCACAGUCAUGUGAUAGUUUGCCAUCAAAUUGUAUUCUAGAGCCUGAUGUAGCUUUGAGUUCCCCUGUUCCACUGUCUGGGAGUAAGUCUGCAGAAGACGAAAGGCGGGAGAAUAAAGAGUCUGAUAAUGAGGUCUCUCAUGCGACUUGUUCUGAUGAUGCAGCUCCUGGUGUAGUCGAGACACCUUCACAUUCUUUAUCAGAUCAAGGGUGUAAAAGUGAUAUUCCUGAAACUACAUUGCACCCUGUGCCAACACAUGUUGCUUUUGAGUCUGAGUCUGCAGGUGACGGAAAGGAACAAGUGGAAAUGGUACAGCCUGUUGAGUAUCCUACACCAGAUGGAGAUGUGAACGGCAUGUCUGACCUACCCGAGGACACACCUUGUGGUGAAGUUGAGGUUACUGAUGAACAUGAGAAUGGAGAGGUUUCUAUUUUGGCUACUGAAGUUUCUGGUCCCAUACAAGAAUCAUGUGAAUUAGGUGGAGGUGAGGAUGCCAUUCAUGAUGAAAUUACCGGCAGAAUUGGCAAUGAAUAUACUGAACUGCAUCCUGAUGAACAUGCAGAGGCGAAUCCUGCGUCAGAUGUUCCCAUUUUGACUACUGAAGUUUCUCAUUCCGCAGAGGAUGCAGCAGCACCAGAUAUUACGUCUGAUAGAGUUGAGGAUCAAUCUUCUGCCAUUGAAUCUGGGGAACCAGGUACUGAUAAAAAUGCCAAUGUAGACAAUGUUAAAGUGGAUCAAUCUUCUGAAGUGAAACCUGCCACUGAAUCUGGUCAACACGCCAAUGCAGACGUUGAAUUAGAUUGUGAUGAUACAAAGUCUAAAUCAGCUGAGGGGACUCCUAGUUUGCAAUCUGGACAGUAAAAUCUAAGCCAAGGGUUUAAGUAACACAGCAAGCUUAAUAAUUAUUAGGGUAUAUGUAUGUAAAGUAUUGGUCGUAAUGCAUUUAAUAGAAUGAUAAGACUGCCAGGAGCGACAAUUGGUGCAGCCAUAAUGCUUUCAAAUAUUGAACUAUGCGCUGCUCAGGGUGAUUCUAUAUUUUCUCAUUAUACAUAAAUCUGAAAGAAGCUUGAAAAUGGA